AUGUUCCCCCGGGUUUGGAAGCGGUACGUCGACGAUGUGUUUGCUUUGGUGAAGGAACGCUAUUUGCCACAAACGCUCAACCUACUGAACUCGAAACACGACUCGAUCAGAUUUACGGUUGAAAAAGAACAAGACGUUAAGAUUCGAUUUACGAUGCGGGCGGAUGGAAGCGAAAGCGAAUUUCCUGCCAGCAGUGCUCGUCGAAUGCAGUUGGCAGCUCGGUUCAAUGGCAACGCAGUUCUGAUUUCGUUUUCUUUGAAUUUUUUCCUUUCAGUGAUAGACGCUCUACGGGAUGUCCAAGUCACCGUGCCCCAGGCGGUCCGCAGAGGCGACAAUGCGAUGUUGUACUGCCACUAUGAUAUGGAUGGCGAGAAUCUGUACUCGGUCAAGUGGUACAAGGGCCGGCGGGAGUUCUAUCGCUACACGCCGAAGGAAAAUCCGGCGAUGAAAGUCUUCCCGGUAGCCGGAGUAAAGGUGAAGCAAACCGCCUCCAACGAGAGUCAACUGAUGCUGGUCGCCCUGAACAUGAUGUCGUCGGGCAAGUACAGCUGCGAGGUGUCAGCAGAUGCACCGUCCUUUCACACAAUGAUUGUCACGGGUGAUUUGGAAGUUUGCGAGGUCCCAAAGCACGUGCCGCUGGUUCACGGGAUUCGACCUCGCUAUCGAGUUGGUGACAUUGUCCGGGGCAAUUGCACUUCGGCGCACUCGAGACCCGCCGCCAACCUAACGUGGUACAUCAACGAGGUGCAGGCUAAUCCUUCGCACAUUCGCAUUCACAAGCCAUACAGAGACCACAAAACCGAUCUGGAAACAUCUGUCAUCGGGCUGCACUUCGUAGUGAGCAGCCACCACUUCCAGAAUGGAAAACUGAAGAUUCGUUGCUCCGCCCGAAUCCACGAGAUUUACAUGCAAUCUACGGAGAAAUCCAUCGACGAGGAACGGCCCCGAAUCAUCUCGGCAGCGUCCUCUUCGUCAUCGUCAUCGUCCACGUCCGGCAACAGCAACAGCAACAGCAUCAACCUGAUACAAAACAUCCCGUACGAUCAGUUCUCGCAGCUGGAUAAUGAGCUGGACCGGAAGGACUACAUGACACAUUUACAAGGCGACAUGUCAUCAUCGUCGGCCAGUGCGUCCAGGCUGACACGUUCAGCGCCAUCGAUCAGCUCAACCUGCUGGCGAUUCCUGGCGGAGGCAACCGGGCUGCUAAUAGUUUUUCACCAUUUGCUCAAAUUUGACACCAUUUCCAUAACAUGA